CCCCAAAAACUCACUAACAAGUCUAAAAAGGUUCUCGAUCCUCUUCCAAAUUCAUUUCAUAAAAAUUUCUCUUCAACCUAGCUAAAAGCCGCUCUUCAUUCUUUUCCUCAUUCUUACACAAUGGAAAUGCUCAAAAAUGACGACGAAGAUGAUUGCCCAGAAAUGCUUGAGGCGAUCAAGUCAGUUGAGCAAAUCUUGAAUUACAAAUUUAAAGACCAAAAGUUACUAGAAAAGGCUUUGACACACCCUUCUUACACCAAAUCAGAAUCCUAUGAACGCCUAGAGAUAGUGGGGGAUGCUGCUCUGGGAUUAGCAAUCAUUAAUUUUGCUUACCUUGCUUAUCCUCACCAUGAUCCGGGUGUUCUUUCGAUUAUUAGAGCAGCUAACAUUAGCACCGAAAAGCUAGCUCGUGUUGCCAUUAGCAGUGGUUUCUAUAAGUAUGUUCGCCACAAUUCUCCAUCUUUGGAUUAUAAGGUUAAAAAGUUUACUGAACUUGUACAACAAGAAGAGGGUAUUAAAAUUUAUGGAGGUGAAAUGAAGGCACCUAAAGUUCUUGCCGACAUCGUGGAAUCUGUGGUUGGAGCAGUAUAUGAAGACCUUUGUUUUGAUUUAAAGGCUACUUGGCUGGUUGUUGGAGGACUACUUGAACCUAUCAUCACUCCUCAAAUGCUACAAAAAAAACCUCAACCGGUGACACAGUUGUUUGAGUUGUGCCAGAAAAACGGACAACAAGUUGAUAUCAAGCAGUCCAGAGAAAAUGAUAAGACUACUGCUAGUAUAUAUAUAGAUAACAAGUUAAUUGUUUCUGCAUCUUCUGAUCAAAAAGAUAACGCUAAACUUCAUGCUGCUACUGCUGCUCUAGAGAGAACAAUACAACCCACUAGCAAAAUGGAUAUAAGAAGUAGUUUUUCUGAAAAUGGUAAGAUCGGAACUGCCAAACGAAAGCUGGAGCAAUUUAGUCUCAAGAAAAAAUGGGCAAAACCAACUUACAGACUGGUGAGAGAGGAAGGUCCCAAUCAUGCUAAGACAUAUGUUUGCUCGGUUAGUUUAAAAGUUGGUGAUUACUUAUUUUGCCAAGAGGGAGAGGUUAAGUCGAGGCGCAAGGAUGCAGAGGGUUCUGCUGCGCUAGCCAUGCUUCUCGGCUUACAUGACAAAGACUUAUUAUGAUUUUUCUUAUAGUGAAGAAACUUAUGUUGUAUUUCCGCUCUAUUUCUCAUAUUUAGAGUGUUAUAACAAAGUCCUUUGAGAUUUAUUAUGACUUUUUUUCUUCGGUUUACAAUAUUAUACUGCACCAUGAUAAGAGGUUAUCUAUUGUAUGGUUGAUAAUUACUUGAUUAUGGUCAAGUGUGGGACAACUAAAUGGUUUUA